UCUGUUUUAUUUUUGCUUUAAGCCAGUGUGUCUGACAGAAUGAAUGGUGACGUCAAGGAAAAGGCUUUUUCAGUUUCAGCCCAGCUUUAAAAAAACAACAGAUGAGCCUAAAGCGCAUUAGAGAGACUAUUAGAACCAGGCAGGAUUUACAACGCAAAAGCUAGUGCUCAGAUCACGAAUACUUCAGACAGAAAUAAACCGUACGAUCACAGAGCUGCAAGUAACUGAAAAUAAUAAAGUAAGCAUCCCGUUCUUUAAAGUGUCAGACAGCAACUUUACUUAAGGAAACUUUGUUAUUUCACGUAAUAGUAAAGCGACAUGACCCUGCAUGUAACAAUGCGACACAGCAGCUGUGAUUUACAACCGCAGCAGCAUCGCUGGAGUAUUUCCACAGAUGGGAAGUACGUCUUGACCAAAAACGUUCCACCAUCGCAUAUCGUGCGCUCCAAGUCGUGCACGAACUCCGGCCAGUCAUACAGGGGAAGAUGGUCCUCGGAUUCAUCCGAUUCUGCAGUCUCAACCGAGUCGGAAUGCAGCUUCUCCAGAGUGGUUGUGAUUGGAGCGAAUGGUGUGGGGAAAUCGGCACUGGCUGGCAUUUUUGCAGGUGCACGGGAUAGCAUGGAUAGUAAUUGCGACCUGUUUGGAGAUGACACAUAUGAGCGAACAUUGGUAGUGGAUGGCGAAAGGGCAACCAUUAUUUUAUUGGACACGUGGGCUAAUCAGGAUGAAGGCAGCUGGACCCAAGAGCAGUGUAUGCAAGCUGGUGAUGCGUACCUUAUUGUCUACUCAAUAACAGACAGAGCCAGCUUUGAGAAGGCUUCAGAGCUCCAAAUACGGCUGAGAAGAACGAGGCAAUCAGAAGACAUCCCGAUCAUCUUGGUAGGCAACAAAAGUGACCUUGUCAGACGCAGACAAGUUUCAGUGACAGAGGGCAGAGCUUGCGCUGUGGUGUUUGACUGUAAAUUCAUCGAGACGUCAGCCGCUGUCCACCACAACGUGCAGGAGAUGUUUGAAGGAAUUGUACGUCAGGUUCGGCUGAGGAGGGACAGCAAGGAAGUGAAUGAGAAAAGGAUGGCACAUAACAAAAGGAGAGAAAGUUUUCCCAAGAAGGCCAAACGUUUUCUGGACAAAAUAGUGGCCAAGAAUAACAAGAACAUGGCAUACCGACUGAAGUCCAAGUCUUGUCACGACCUCUCAGUGCUAUGAGAACUUUGACUUGUCUGUGGAUUAAGCAGGAGACUGUUUUCUUAAAAGACAUUAUCUGAAAAAAAGUGUCAGUCUACAUUAGAUUGCACUAUAUAAUAAUACAGCGAAAAACUGUAGUCUGUUGUUUUUCACAAACAUAUAAAGGCUCUGAAAUGAUUUCAGUCUGUAUAAAUAGAGAGCUAGUUCUAUGAGCACAUUGGCUGUACGUUCUGCAAAGUAAUGAUACAGAUGUAAUCUUUUGAAAUUCUGAGGUUGAUUUGGAACUAUGAAAAAAAGAUUUAACACGGUUGCAUUUAAGAGAACAUCAAAAGCAGAGUUCAAGCAAACCUGUAAGCAUGCAACACAUCUUACUACAUCAUCAGCAUUGUGUAGUGUUGUGCGACAGGGAUUUGUCGGUAAGUUUGCAGGUCAUCCCUGUUCACGAAGGCUCAGACCAAGGACACAUAUGCAAUCUCAACCUCAACUUUAAUACAUUGAGUUUUGUGAUAACCUGACUUCAGUGUCCACUUGACAGGAUUAUUUCAUGAAAGUAUUUGUGGGAAGUUUUCAGAAAAUAAAGACCGUAAGGAAAAAGGAAGAUAUAUGCAGGGGACUUAUGGAAAAUGACCAGUUGAAAUAAUGAUCAAAAUCCUAGUCUUGCCAUAGAUUGCUUCUGUGUCCUUGACCUAACUGAGUCAGUAUUGCCAAAGUGCUUAAAAAAUGUAAGUAUUACAACCUUAAACAAAUAAGGAUGAUACCAUAUUUAUGUAUUUGUAGCCUGUGUCAUCAUUAACUGUUUUGUAAUAAAAAAUAUAUAUUUAUAA